AUGGCUCAGUGUAAGGACGGAUUAAAAACAUACCUUAAUUAUGAAUGUUAUAACCUUUUAAAAACUAAAUUCUCUAUAAGUACUAUGGGUAUGAGUGGUACUCAGAAUUAUAACAAUGCUAAGGAAAAAAUAAAUAGGAUUGAUAAAAAAGAUAGAAAUCUUGAAGAGUAUGACAUAUUUUUUAGAGAUAUAACCAAAUAUUUAAAUAGUGGUCAUGUUAUUUAUCAGGCUGGUUUAAAUAUAGCUUGUAAUUAUAUUAACUACUUAUUAAAUGAAAAUGUUAGUAAACGUAAUAUGAAUUUAUCAAAUCCAGUCUAUGAAAUUCUCCAGGAUUUCGUGCGGGAAUACAUAUUAAGUGAUAGUGGAGUUAAGGAGGAAGCUGAUUUAUGUUCUUCUAAAAUAAAUCCCUUAGUUUAUAAUGUAUAUCAAAAAAUGAGACUCUUAUAUGAUUUGUACGAUGAAUACAAUACUCUUGUGGAACCAAAUAAACCAGGUAAUUAUGAUCCCUGUAUUAUCCUUGGUAAAAUUAUAUAUGAUUAUAAUGAAUCUAUAAAACUUUAUCAAACAACUGAUACGGAAUUAAUUAAUAACCUCAUAGAUCUUAAACUAUUAAUAAGUGAAAAGGUAUUGCCUAAAAAUACAAAUUGCCUAAAAAUAUAG